CUCAGGAUACUUCUAGGACUUAAACCAGCUAUUUAAGGCUACGAAACCUUCGACAGUAUCUAAAGUUACGCUUGUUAUUCAUUCAUACGGAGGCCUUACCAACUAGCCAACAGAAUGGCUACAUCAAGAGCCAACAACCAUGUCAAAAAGAUCGCAAUAGUCGGCGCAGGUGGCAAUGUUGGGUCCCACCUCGUUACCGCCCUGCUCGGCAAGCACCGCUUCGACAUCACCGCCAUAUCCCGCGCCGAAUCUAAGGCUAGUUUCCCUGAAGGCAUUGCAAUCGCUCAUGUCGACUAUAACAAGCCGGAGACCAUCAUUGAAGCCUUGAGAGGUCAAGACGUGCUCAUCAUAACACUGAGUGUUUUCGCCGCAGGUGACACGCAAGCAACACUCAUCCGUGCCGCCGCUGAUGCUGGCGUGCCGUGGGUGCUACCCAAUGAGUUUGGCGGUGAAGACGGAGAGGCACAAAACGAUACAAUGGGGCCUGCCAAAGUGAAAGAUCGUGGGUUGAUCGAGGAAUUGGGUGUUUCCUCUUGGAUUGGAGUAGCUUCUAGCUUCUGGUAUGAACACUCGCUAUCUGGGCCUGGCCUCUAUGGCUUUGAUGUCACCAAACGGGAGGUUGUGUUCUUUGAUGAGGGAACAGAGAGAUUGGAUACAUCGACAUGGCCGCAAGUUGGGCGUGCGGUUGCCUCCCUGCUGUCCUUGCCUAUAUCGCCCCAGGAAACGAAUGGAAACGGUCCAACGUUGACAGGGUACCGCAAUCGCAUGAUACACAUAUCCUCUUUUACUCUCAACCAGCACGAGAUGUUUGCAUCGCUCAAACGUGUCACCAAUACCGUGGACUCUGACUGGUCUAUUACUUCGGUUUCGACGAAACACCGAUUUGCCGAAGCUUUGGAGAAGCUAAAAGGCGGCGACCGCAGCGCUUUUGGGACGGUUUUGUAUACGCGAUACUUCUUUCCUGGGGAAGGUGCGGGGCUAUUUGAGAAGAGACAUGACCUGGACAAUGAGAAGCUGGGGUUACCACAUGAGGAUUUGGAUGAAGCUACGAAAGCCGCCUUGAAGCUUAGCGAGAGUGGGUACUGGAAAAAUUAUGGAAAACGCUAAUCCUCACAACUAAAGUAUAUCAAUGAGGAUGAACUCAACUUGUGGAUCAUCUCAAUCGAGUUAUUACGAUACAGCCCUAGAACAAAAGCACGUUGAGGUUCAAAAGAUUACAAGUACCCUUGG